UCAAGGGAAGGCUGGUCCUGUUUCUGCUCCUGUUGCUAGAGCUCCUGUACCACGUCCUAAGAGAGCAGUGGAUUCAUCAGUUCCUCUUCAGUCUCUUCGUGAUAUUGAGAUAGAGCAACUGACCAAACGUUACUAUGGGGACCAGCACCAGCUGGUAGAGAAGAGCUCUGAUAGUUGUGCAUAUGUUAUCAAAUUCAGCCCAACAGAUCCUGAAUGGAUUACACUUUCGUCAGAAUAUCCACGUAAACCGUGUAAGCUUGAAGUGGUCAAUACUGGUGUCCUAUCCAUUGACUGUAUUGAUUCUGUUAAUAAUGAAUUGGAGGGAAGGGUGGAGGAUCACCAGCUGGCUAACAGGAGAUCAGGACAGCAUGAGUUAAUGCUUAGGCCAAUACUUCACUGGCUGGACAAUAAUGCAAUGAGACUGAUACCUCAAACAUCAUUUUUGGAGGACUUUUCCUCUAAAAUCAACAUCAAAAAUGAAGACAAUGAUUCAACAACAGCAAGUGAUGAUGAUGAUGAUGAUGAUGAUGAUGAUGUAGCUACUACUAAUAUGAAAUAUGUCCCACCAGUGAAGAGAGGUACAGAGCUGAGACUAGUGGACAUUAAACUAAGUGAAGGAGUUGGAACAAUUCAAAUGAGUGUCAUUAAAGUGACGGUUGAAUGUAGCAGGUGUAAGUGCAGGACUGACCUCCUCUGCAAAGAAAACAAGGUUACAUCUCAAGUAUGUUCAAAGUGUAGCCAUUGGAUAUCAGUUCAGUAUAAUCCUGAUCUACUUCAUUCAUCUAAUCACUCACUAGCUUAUCUUGACCUUUUAAAGUAA